AAAAAAAAAAAAGAAAGAGAAAAGAUGGAGAACUCCCGCCAUGAACGAAAGCGGAGCAGGUCCACAGCGGCUGCGGUGCAAAGAAACCACAGAGCAAGGACAAGGGCUCUUGGAUAUCGUUCUGAGUCGUCCACUCCAGAGUUCAGUCCAGUCUGCCAAGUCAAAUGGUUCGCUUGAUGGGGUAUUCUUCAGCUUUCGGCCUCCAGAACAGAUAGGAGCCCCCCUUUUCGCUGGCCGAGUCGCGAUCUGAGAAUCGUCAAGGCAAGGAGACGGUCAGUGCAAGUCACCGUGUUUGACGGACCUUUCAUCAGCGGUUGAUUCUUCCUUCGUCUCGUGAGCAUCAACAUGGCUCGCCUCAUAAGCCUGUUGACGGCUGUUGCCGCCGCGGUUGUCGGUACUGCACAAGCAAUCCUUCCCACGGAUUGGACACCCAUCUGCAAAGAGAUCGAGUCCAAGAUCUCGAAUACCAGCGAUGUCAUCUAUCCGCUCCAGGCCGUCUCCUUCACUCUGGCUACUGCCCACUGGUUCUGGUCGUCCGACGAACAGCCAUCGUGUGUCUUUGCACCUGGGUCUGCGGAGGAUGUGUCGGUUGCGCUGCAAAUUAUUGGCGCGACCAAGACCCCCUUUGCCGUUCAGUCUGGUGGUCACUCUUCGAAUCCAGGUUUCUCCAGCACCAAGGGUGUACAUAUCUCGCUCAAGAGACUGAACCAAGUGAAGCUGUCUGCGGACACGAGCGUCGCCGAGAUUGGCUUUGGUAACAUCUGGACCGACGUGUACAAGGCCCUGGACGGCACCGGCAGGAAUGUCGUCGGAGGAAGAGUGCCCGGCCCGGGCGUUGGUGGCCUCACUCUCGGUGGUGGAUACUCCUGGAAGACGAGCCAGUAUGGUAUGACCUGUGACACGGUCAAGAGCUAUGAGCUUGUCCUUCCCAACGGAACCAUCACCAGAGUGUCCAAGACCGAGAACCCCGACCUCUACUUUGCCCUCAAGGGCGGUCUCAACCGCUUUGGCAUCGUCACCUCGGCAGAGUUUUACACCCAUGAGCAGCCUGAGAAGGUGUACGGCGGUCUCGGCAUCUAUCCCACCACUGCUGUCGACCAGAUUCUCAAUGCCACUUCUCAGUUCUCGUACCUGAACAAGGAUCCCCGGACCCAGAUCAUCACCACCCUUGACGGCGGUCCUCUGGGCACCACUGCCGAGGUCCUGUUCUUCCACGAUGGGCCUGAUAAGCCGGCCUCGUUUGAGCUGUUUGACAACAUCACGCCGCUCGUCAAGACCGUCCAGUCUCAAAGCUUUGUUAGCUUUGUGCAGAGCAUUCCUGCGCAGGUUCCCGAGUUGACCAAUAUCCGCGGCGCUUUCAUCACCUUUGCGACUUCUGAGCUCUCGCAGACUUUCCUGGAAGCCGUCAGGCAAGAGACUGAUGACAUUGGCAAGAUCAUGAGUCUCCACGGCGGCAUCACCGUCAGCUACGACCUUGAGCCCUUUACCAAGUACGGAGAGCACGCCACCGAGAGCGCUUUCCCGCACACCGAGUCUCCUCUUCCGCUCUUCAUCUACUUUGCGUGGUCCCUUCCCGAGAACGACGACUUCUGGUACGCCCGCAUGAAACAGACUGUGGAGACGCUCAAGAGGGUGGCUAGCAACGACGGUAUCUACAACAGUGAAGCCUUCACCUAUUACCCCAACUAUUCGCUCUUUGACGCCACGCCGGAGCAGCUGUACGGCAACGAGAACGCGGCGCGGUUGGCGAGGAUCAGGGACCAGAUUGAUCCGGAUCGGAUCAUGGAGCUGGCUGGUGGAUUCGAGAUUUAAUGAGGGAUGGCAAGACGGGUUGUGGUACUGUCUGGGCUUAUUUGUUCACCGUUGUUCAGUAGCAGCCAUAGACAGAGGUGCCUCUACCUACCUCUAGAUACAAGCGGAUGGUGAGAAGUUGCUGGAUCCUGUUGAUGGGUGACAUGACAAGGAAAGACCAAAAAAACAAACCCCAGUCAAAAUUUUCCAUGUUGCAAUCCGGCCUUGACAAACAAAAUAACUUGUC